AAGAGAAGAAGGAAGUGAAUGAGAUGUUAUGACCAGGAUGACGGAUGCACGCGCCUAACCGAUCGAAACACGAGCCGCUUGACAGGCAGGCACGAGCUGAGGUAGCAGUGUUUGUGGCGUAAAGGUGUGUGAUCGGUGGUUGCCAUGGCACCCAGACCGUCAUCCGGUGAACUAUGGGGGCUCCACCUCAUGCCCCCCCGCAUCUUGGUGGACUGCUGCCUGCCCAAUGGAAUGGUGGUUAGCCUGGAGUGUUUGAGAGAAGCUCCACUCAUCAACAUCAAACAACAACUUUUCAUUGAGGCCAGGAAAUAUCCACUGCACCACUUACUUCAGGAGGAGUCAUGUUACAUCUUUGUGGGUGUGACCCAGGAAGCAGAGAGGGAGGAGUUUUAUGAUGAGACCAGACGCCUGUGUGACCUCAGACUGUUUCACCCAAUCCUGAAGGUCAUCGAACCACUGGGGAACAGAGAAGAGAAGAUCCUGAACAGAGAGAUAGGUUUUGCUAUCGGGAUGCCUGUGUGUGAAUUUGAGCUGCUUAAAGACACAGAGGUGCAGGAUUUCCGGCGGGCCAUACUGAGCGUGUGCAGAGAAGCCAUGGAGGAGAGGGAAGGGGGUGGAGCCCACAGCCAGGCACGCUAUGUUUACCCCCCCAACGUAGAGUCUACUCCUGAACUUCCCCCCCAUAUCUACUCUAAACUAGACAAAGGGAGGCUGAUUGUAACUAUAUGGGUGAUUGUAUCUCCUUCCAAUUCCAAACAGAAAUACACUCUGAAGGUGAAUCAUGACAGUCUGCCAGAACAGCUGAUAGCAGAGUCCAUCAGGAAGAAGACUCGCUCUAUGCACCUCUCCCCUCAACAACUACGUCUCUGUGUGCAAGAAUACCAGGGCCAGUAUAUCCUGAAGGUGUGUGGCUGUGAUGAAUACCUAUUAGAGAAAUAUCCACUCAGUCAGUAUAAGUACAUCAGGUCUUGUAUAACAGUUGGCCGUCUGCCCCACCUGAUGUUGGUUUCUAAAGACAGUCUCUACUCCCAACUUCCUGCUUCAGGCUUUGUCACGCCCUCCUACAGCCGUAGGACCCCCCAGCCAUCCCCCUGUCCUGGCGGAGGCGACCUCGGCUCUCCUCCGAGGUCACUGUGGGCGUUUAACACCCUUCUGAGGCUCCGCCUCCUCUGUGCCACAUACGUCAACGUCAACAUCCGAGACAUAGACAAGAUAUAUGUAAGGACAGGUAUUUAUCAUGGUGGAGAGCCGCUUUGUGACAACGUCAACACACAGAGAGUCCCCUGUUCUAACCCAAGGUGGAAUGAGUGGCUCUCCUAUGAUAUUUAUCUGGCAGAUCUCCCUCGCUCAGCCAGACUCUGUCUCUCCAUCUGUUCUGUCAAAGGAAGGAAAGGAGCAAAGGAGGAACACUGUCCAUUGGCCUGGGGGAAUGUUAAUCUCUUUGACUAUAAAGACACUCUGGUCAGUGGAAAAGUGACCCUCAGUCUGUGGCCGGUACCUCAUGGUUUGGAGGAUCUGCUCAACCCAAUUGGAGUGGCUGGUUCAAAUCCCAACAAGGAGACACCCUGUGUGGAGUUGGAGUUUUCGUGGUUUAAUCAGACGGUUGUGUUUCCAGACGAGCAACAGAUUGAAGAACAUGCAAACUGGACCAUCAGCCGUGAACUCGGAUACAACUACACAGGCAGUCGUCUGGUGUGUGACGUCAGCGUGUCGUCGGCAGAUGUUGAACAGCUGAGGUCUUUGUGCUCUAAAGAUCCUCUGUAUGAGCUGUCUGAGCAGGAGAAGGACUUUCUGUGGAGACACAGACAUUACUGUGUAAACAUUCCAGAGUCUCUUCCUAAACUGCUGCUUUCUGUGAAAUGGAACUCCAGAGAUGAAGUUUCCCAGAUGUAUUGUCUGUUGAAGGACUGGCCAUUAAUGGAGCCAGAGUCUGCCUUGGAGUUGUUGGACUGUAAUUUUCCAGAUCCCAUGGUGAGAGAGUUUGCCCUGCGCUGCCUGGUCCAGGGCCUGACGGAUGACAAACUCUCCCAGUACCUCCUGCAGCUGGUCCAGGUGUUGAAGUAUGAAAUGUACCUAGAUAAUCCUCUUGCACGCUUCCUGAUUAAAAAAGCUCUGACCAAUCAGAGAGUAGGACACUUCUUCUUCUGGCAUCUCAAGUCAGAGAUGCAUAACAAGACGGUGUCUCGGCGUUUUGGGUUGUUGCUGGAGGCGUUCUGUAGAGCAUGUGGCAUGUACCUCAAACACCUCAACAGACAGGUAGAGGCGAUGGAUAAACUAGUGAACCUGACAGACACUCUGAAACAAGAAAAGAAGGAUGAGACUCAGAAGACCCAGAUGAAGUUCCUGGUUGAACACAUGUCCCGCCCAGAUUACAUGGAAGCUCUGCAGGGAUUCGUCUCUCCUCUAAACCCUGUUCACCAGCUUGGCAACCUCCGGCUUGAAGAGUGUCGGAUCAUGUCGUCAGCAAAGCGCCCCCUGUGGCUGAACUGGGAAAAUCCAGACAUCAUGUCCGAGCUGCUCUUCACAAACAAUGAGGUCAUCUUUAAAAAUGGGGACGACCUGCGUCAGGACAUGCUGACUCUACAGAUCAUUAAGAUCAUGGAGAAUAUUUGGCAAAACCAGGAUUUGGAUCUACGCAUGCUGCCCUAUGGCUGUCUUUCUAUUGGAGACUGUGUGGGGCUGAUAGAGGUUGUGAAAAACAGUUACACCAUCAUGCAGAUUCAGUGUAAAGGAGGUCUGAAGGGGGCGCUGCAGUUCAACUCCAACACCCUGCACCACUGGAUCAAAGACAAGAACCGAGGAGAGGCGUAUGACAGAGCCAUAGACCUGUUCACUCGCUCCUGUGCUGGUUACUGUGUGGCGACGUUCAUUCUGGGAAUUGGAGACCGGCACAAUUCAAACAUCAUGAUCAAAGAGAACGGACAGUUGUUUCAUAUAGACUUUGGUCAUUUUUUGGACCAUAAGAAGAAGAAGUUUGGUUAUAAAAGAGAGAGGGUGCCCUUCGUCCUCACUCAGGACUUCCUCAUGGUCAUCAGCAAAGGAGUCCAGGAGUGUAGCAAAACCAAGGAGUUUCAGAGGUUUCAGGAGAUGUGUUAUAAGGCAUACUUGGCGAUCCGGCAGCAUGCCAGCUUGUUCAUCAAUCUCUUCUCUCUGCUGCUGGGCUGUGGGAUGCCUGAACUCCAGAGCUUUGAUGACAUCGCCUACCUGAGGAAAACCCUGGCCCUGGAAAAGUCUCAGCAGGAGGCGCUGGAGUACUUCACUAAGCAGAUGAAUGACGCUCAUCACGGAGGCUGGAGCACCAAGAUGGACUGGAUCUUCCACACCAUACGUCACAUGCCCAACGACCACUGACACACACACACACACACACGCGCGCACACACACAAAAGUUUUAAAUGCACUAUGUAGGACUUUGUGAUGGUGAUGUUCAGGUGGUUGGAGUUGAUAGUGAUUGAUAUUGAUUGAUAGUGAUUAAUAGUGAUUAAUAGUGAUGGAUAGUGAUUGAUAUUGAUGGAUGGUGAUUGAUAGUGAUUGAUAGUGAUGGAUAGUGAUUAAUAGUGAUUAAUAGUGAUGGAUAGUGAUUGAUAUUGAUGGAUGGUGAUUGAUAGUGAUUGAUAGUGAUGGAUAGUGACUGUAGUUGUUGCAAAAAGACUGGGUGUGAUUAGAUAGCCAUAGCACCAUGAAGCUCAGGGUUAAAGGUUAAACGGAUGCUGAGGAUGCCAAAUGCAUGCUGGGUAGGAUAAAGUAUCUUGGGGUGAAGGUGUCUCAGAUGUCUUCCUUGUGAACGCUACAUAUGCCAAGCCAGGCUGUGCCAGCUGACUGCAGCACUGCUGACACACCAAGCAACCUUUUUCAGGUGCUGAUGACUGGGCUAGCUUUGUCACAACAGCUCAGCGGAUACGAGAGGGAAUUUGAUUUGAGCUGCCAGCUUCAUGGAAACCAGCAAUAUGAACACUCGGGUCAAUGUGAGAGCAAUAAUCUGUGUUCACAGAAGGUGAAUCAGGUCAUGUGGACACAACGUUUACUGACAGAAACGUUUCAUCACCAUCUAAGUGACCUCUUCAGUCUCAGCUGACCGCAGGUACCCCACCCUUCUAACCAAUACAGUGGCAUAACGACCGGCUCGUUGUCCAACUAAACGUUGUGUCCAGAUGAACUGAUUCACCUUUCUGUGAUUUCCUUACCUGCAUCAUUGAGCAUGCAUCAAGACAACAAUAUGCAUUAUGGGUAAUGCUCAUGGUCCAACAGACCAAAGCUAAAGAUACCAGCUGUUCAGUUCAAGCACACAGCAGAGAGCGAGAUCAAGAGAUCAAGAGAUCUGAAUAAAUUGU